CCUCUGAAGAAAACAGCCACCACAUCCAACCUCUGCAUCUGUCCACCCCUCCACCCCUCUCUACAUACCUACUUGUUCACUCCACCAUCCCCAGCACCAUGUCUGCUUUGCCUCGCAAUGCUCACGUAUCCGUCCAUCCAUGCUUACAAGCCAAGCUCUCACUGCUCCGGUCUGCCGAUACAAGCCCCAGAGAUGUGCAAACGCUGGUCCAUGAGAUAGCCCUCAUGGUGGGCUACGAAGCUCUGGCCUCGGGCCUCACAUCCCACCAGAGCGGCGAGGGUCAAUCUCCCUUGGGCUAUGCGUAUCCCUCUACAACUGUUUCCCCUUCUCCGGCUGCCAUCUCACUUGUCCCCAUCCUCCGCUCCGGUCUUUCCAUGGUCCCCGCCGUCUCAUCGCUGCUCCCCUCACCCGUCGCUGUCCACCAUCUCGGUCUCUACCGCGAGAAGUCGACCCUUCAGCCCGUAGAGUACUACAACAAUCUUCCCUAUCAUGCCUCUUCAGCGUCCAACCCCAGCGCCCAAGGUCCAGCUGAGCUUGCCAUCAUCGUGGAUCCCGUCAUCGCCACCGGGGCCACAGCUUGUGCCGCCAUUGACACGCUCAAAGACUGGGGUGUGAAGAAGAUCAUUGUGCUCGCCGUCUUGGCCACCGAGGAAGGUCUAAGGAAUGCCUGCGAGGAGUGGGCAGAGGGUGUCGAGGUGUGGGUAGGUGGGUGCGACAAGGAGGUUGAUGCCAAGGGCAUGAUCAAACCAGGACUUGGGGAUAUCGGAGACAGAUUAUAUUUGACAAUUGGCAAAUGAGACGCCACAUCUUGAACAUGCAAGAAGCGAAGGGGGAGUGGCACAAUGCGAGUGACAAAUACCAAGGGAGCAUUCGCUACCAAAAUAGUAGCAUGAUCCUUGGUUGCCCGGCAAUCAUGGCGAGUAUAUCUACCAUGUAUGCACUUGAACACCUACAUUUCAAAUCCUAGCGUGGUUUCACAAUCCUGUACCAGACUUUUGAUGCUAUAGAAGUAUAUCAAAAUAAACAUUCCAUUGUUGAUUUUCGGUGAUCAGUGGCUGCACGGUCCACGCAAUACUGUAUGCCAUCACCUCGCUAACUGCAUUCACAAUGUGAUGGAAGCACCGUGACACCCUGACAAUCAUGGCGCUAAUUCGUUCCCACGGAAGAAACUGCAAACCAAGUGAUGGAAUACAGGUAAGCCACAGGAGGAGGAAAGGGGAAUGUCUGCCCGCUCGCUCACGUCUACAUGAAACAUUUGAAUCCAUAAGUCAUCCGUACCUAGAAAACACACUUGAACAGAUAGGACAUCUUAUGGGGGGUUAAAAGUUGACAUACCAGCCAAUGGUCGCUCCAUCGCACUGGCUUCGAGAAGGUUUGACGAACGAUUUAUACCCCGUUGUAUUACCUGCAUGAAGGGAAAGCGAGCCAUUGGGAGGAACCGUGAUUACAUUCAGGGCUCGAGCGCAAGGAAUACCGCCAAAUCUGGAAGGUUGUAUCAUCUUGCAAGGAAUUAAUCAAACUCCACCCUCCCUUCAACCUCGACCGUCAUCCGAACUCCGAAGGGUUUACUUUAUUCGUCCAGGGUCCUCCUAUAACGCGAAUCGACUCAAGUUCCGCGGGGGUUCUGCAUACAGCGUACGCACAGUCCGCGAAUUGUCGUGUUUCCCCGUGUAUGCAUGCGGGGGAUCACUGACUGGCUAUGCAGAUGCGGACGGAGAGAAAACAAUCCAUCUCACGUCAUUGAUGCACCGCGUCGUCGUU